AAAAAGAAUAAUUUCAAAAAAUGGUGGCAAUUGGUAUUGACUUGGGUACAACGUAUUCCUGUGUUGGUGUCUUCCAGCAUGGCAAAGUGGAAAUCAUUGCCAAUGACCAGGGUAAUCGUACAACACCCAGUUAUGUGGCCUUCACGGACUCGGAACGUUUAAUUGGUGAUGCCGCCAAAAACCAGGUGGCCAUGAAUCCGAAGAAUACCGUUUUCGAUGCCAAACGUUUAAUUGGUCGGAAAUUUGAAGAUCCCAAAAUACAGGAUGACAUGAAACAUUGGCCCUUCCGGGUGGUCAAUGAUUGUGGCAAGCCCAAAAUCCAAGUGGAGUUCAAGGGUGAACAGAAGCGAUUUGCUCCGGAGGAAAUUAGUUCCAUGGUUUUGACAAAAAUGAAGGAAACGGCCGAGGCAUAUUUGGGUAAUACGGUGCGGGAUGCUGUUAUCACGGUGCCAGCUUACUUCAACGAUUCCCAGCGGCAGGCCACCAAAGAUGCUGGGGCCAUUGCGGGGCUAAACGUCUUGCGGAUUAUCAAUGAACCCACAGCAGCCGCCUUGGCCUAUGGCCUCGAUAAGAAUUUGAAAGGAGAACGUAAUGUUUUGAUUUUCGAUUUGGGUGGUGGCACCUUUGAUGUCUCCAUCUUGACCAUCGAUGAAGGCUCGCUGUUUGAGGUACGAGCCACGGCCGGUGAUACCCAUUUGGGUGGUGAAGAUUUCGACAAUCGUCUGGUCAACUAUUUGGCUGAUGAGUUCAAGCGGAAAUACAAAAAGGAUAUGCGCACAAAUCCCAGGGCCUUGAGACGUCUGCGUUCAGCGGCAGAGAGGGCAAAGCGUACAUUGUCCUCCAGCACAGAGGCCACAAUUGAGGUGGAUGCCCUGUUCGAGGGUAUUGAUUUCUAUACAAAAGUAAGUCGUGCUCGAUUUGAAGAAUUGUGUGCCGAUUUGUUCCGCAAUACCUUGCAACCUGUGGAGAAGGCUCUCAAUGAUGCGAAGAUGGAUAAGAAUGCUAUUCACGACAUUGUCCUGGUUGGUGGUUCGACACGUAUACCCAAGGUACAAAAUCUGCUACAACAAUUCUUCUGUGGCAAGAGUUUGAAUUUGUCCAUUAAUCCCGAUGAGGCUGUGGCCUAUGGUGCAGCUAUACAGGCGGCCAUUCUCAGUGGGGAUAAGAGCAGUGCCAUACAAGAUGUCCUGCUGGUGGAUGUGGCUCCCCUCUCCUUGGGUAUUGAAACUGCGGGAGGUGUUAUGACCAAAUUGAUAGAACGUAACACCCGCAUACCCUGCAAGCAAACGAAAACCUUUACCACCUAUGCCGAUAAUCAACCAGCUGUAACGAUUCAGGUGUUCGAAGGUGAGCGUGCCAUGACCAAGGAUAACAACCUAUUGGGCACCUUCAAUUUGACCGGUAUACCCCCAGCACCACGUGGUGUACCCAAAGUGGAUGUUACCUUCGAUUUGGAUGCCAACGGUAUACUCAAUGUCACCGCCAAGGAAAUGAGUACCGGCAAUGCCAAGAAUAUUGUCAUCAAAAAUGACAAAGGACGUCUAUCGCAGGCGGAAAUUGAUCGUAUGGUCAAUGAGGCUGAAAAAUAUGCUGCCGAAGAUGAAAAACAUCGUCAACGUGUUGAGGCCCGUUACAAAUUGGAAUCAUAUGUUUUCAGUGUGAAACAGACCCUUGAAGAUGCUGGCGAUAAGAUACCCCAAUCCGACAAGGAUCGCCUUAUGGCCAAAUGUAAUGAAACCAUAAAAUGGUUGGACAAUAACACGCAGGCCGAAAAGGAGGAAUUUGAAUAUAAAAUGGAUGAGUUGAGUAAAAUAUGUUCACCCGUGAUGACGCGUAUGCAUCAGCAGGCAGGUGGUGGACAUGCAGGUGGACCGGGUGCUGCUGGUGCAAAUGGUUUUGGUGGUGGCCAUUCUGGUCCUACUGUGGAGGAAGUUGAUUAA